CUGGUCACUGCGAUGGCGUCCUCUCUAAAGGUCUGGGUCACCCUCUUGGUCCUGCUGUGUCUCCAAUGCAGUUUACUUUUGCACAGUGAGAACAUUUCCAGGAGGAAAUUUAUGGAAGAACAUCACCUAAGUCCAAGCCAAGAUUUUGCUUCCUACAAAUGUAACAAUCUCAUGAAAAAAGGAAAUCUGAGCCACAAGCUCUCUCACACRUUCAUUUAUAUCUCAUGGUACAAAAUUGAGCAUAUAUGCGUUARUAGCAAAUGGAAUGACCGUUACAGAAAUACAUACAUAUGGGCCCAGCGUCCCAUCAAAACACUCACUUGUCACUGGGAGAAAUUAAAUAACUACAGAGAGACCAGGAGCUAUAGCUAUAUUCAAUUCCAUUGUAGCAUGGAGGGGUAUGUUGAUAAUAUAGAAGAUAUGAAGCUCAUAAAGCCUCCCUUCAACUAG